AUGGCCACAUCACGCGACGCCCAUAAUCCGCUCCGACCGUACUAUAUCCCACCCUCAAUCGGCCUCCCUCCCGAAUCAGCUGCAGCGAAUGCCACCGGCGCGACUACCAGACCGUCAUCCAUACCCACCGCUAAACCAAGCUUUGGCACCUCCGCACGCGACAUACUGAGCGACCUCGACUAUGGCAGCGGAUUCCUGGAGGAGGCGUCGCGGGGCUAUGGACUGGCGGAGAUGACGAAGAGAAUCGUGGAUCAGGCACUAUGGAACUACACAUCAGUGUUGCUGGCGCAGCCGUUCGAGGUCGCAAAGACGGUGCUGCAAUGUCACUUGGCUCCUGGGGCCGAUGCGCCGAGUGGGAAGUCGUCAAGAACAAGCUCGCAGAGACCGCGUCGCGAUGCAUAUGGGGGCGAAAAGUACGAAGACAUGCCCUCUUACUUCACUCCCGCCGCUCCUGCCUCGAAGCUUGCCUCCUCCUACAGACGAACCUCCCCGCACUCGCCCUCCGGCCGAAGGCGACCAACCUCCCGCUCAGCAUCCUCGACUCCCACGCCUUCCUCUAGCUCCCCAUCACCCAGCUACAAGCUCGAUCUCCGCCGCUCCAACUCCCUCCUCGAAGUCCUCUCCCAGCUCUGGAGCAAAGAAGGCGCCUGGGGCGUCUGGAAAGGCACGAAUGCGACGUUUGUGUACAAUGUCCUGUUCAAGACGAUCGAGAGCUGGACGCGGUCACUGCUCGCUGCACUGCUAAACGUGUCCGACCCUGGCCUGUUGGCGGGCAAUACCUCCGGGUUCGGCGCCGGCGGGCUUGAUGUCAUCGAUUCCACGAGCCCGCUGGCAAGCCUAGGAUGUGCGGUCGCCGCCGCAGGAAUCGCUGGGUGCGUGCUAGCACCGCUAGACAUCGUGCGGACACGCCUCAUCCUCACCCCGACAACCUCCCUCCCCCGCGCCAUCCUCCCCUCCCUACGGAGCCUCCCCUCCUACAUCCUCCCCCCCUCCCUCCUGACCCCAACCCUCCUGCACUCAACGCUCCCAACCCUCAUCUCAGCCUCCGCGCCCCUCGUGCUCCGCUCAACCCUCGCAAUCGAUCCCCUCCUCACCCCCUCGACCUACUCACUCGCCUCCUUCGCCUCGAGCAUCGUCGAGCUGUUCGCCAAGCUCCCGCUCGAAACCGUGCUCCGGCGUGGCCAGAUCCAGCAUUUGAAGCAGAACGCGGAGCGCGAGGCGCUCACAACGUUGCAAGCUGAGUCGCGGUCGAGGGGCAGGAGCGCGAGAGGCUCGCGCCAGGGGAGCGCGGCGCCGAGUCCGCCCUAUCCGCCUGCGGCCGCAGGAGAGGGGGUACCGACGGUGGUAGAUGUGGGGCCGUAUAGGGGCGUGCUGGGGACGGCGUGGUAUAUUGCCAGGGAGGAAGGGACGAGCCAUGUGGGGGCUGUUGCGGCGGCUGCGAAGGGCCAGAGUCAGAGGACGAAGAAGGGGCAAGGGGUUAGUGGGCUGUGGAGGGGGUGGCGAGUGGGUUUCUGGGGGUUGGUGGGCGUGUGGGGAGCUGCUGCUAUGGGGGGUGGGGCUGUGGGAGGGGAAUUCUGA